UUUUAUGUGUAAUGCCCAAAUGAGAGAAAACUGCAUCUUAGACACUUCCGAUGGGAAUUUUUGAGUGAAGUAUUGGCAACGCUGUUUGCAGCAUUGGCUUAUUAUUGCCGUGUAGUGUUUCCAAAAAUUUUGUUAUUUACUAGAAAUCAAGACCAAGAUGUCGAAGCCCUUAAAACUCUACUACGACCUUAUAUCGCAACCCUCAAGGGCGCUCUACAUGUUUCUAAAGUUAACGGGAAUACCAUUCGAAUCCCAUCAAGUAGCCCUACGAAAAAAUGAGCAUCGCUCCGACGAAUUCAAACAAAACCUAAACAGGUUCCAAAAAGUACCUUUCAUUCACCAUGGCGACUUUAAAUUAGCCGAAAGCGUUGCCAUCACCAGCUACUUAUGUCGAGAGUAUAGAGAUAAGGUAGCUGAUCAUUGGUAUCCCAAAGAUAGCCAAGGGCAAGCGAGGGUGGAUGAGUAUCUCUCCUGGCAGCAUGUCAAUGCAAGAAUGCCAUUGGCAAUGUAUUUUGUCCAUGCGUGGAUGAUUCCCAUGUUAACUCAGAGCCCUCCAGAUGCAGACACAAUAGCCACUCACGAAUCCAAUAUGGAAACCAGCUUAGAUGAAAUUGAAGAGCUCUGGCUCUCACAAGGACACAAGUUUAUAGUAAGCGAUGAAAUUUCCGUAGCAGAUUUAUUUGCAGCUGCUGAGUUGGAACAGCCGAAAGUAGCGGGCUAUGAUGUUACUAAGGGUCGACCCUUGCUGGAGGCUUAUUUGAAAAGGGUUAGAGAAUCGUGCAAUCCAGUUUACGAUGAAGCUCACGGUUUCAUUAAUAAGUUGGCAUCAAAGAAUAAGGCGAAGUUGUGAUUCUGUAUAAUAAAAUUUUUAUAAUUAGUUUGUUAUUUUUAAA